AUGGAAAACUCAAUGAAGACGAAGAGCUUCAAGGAAAGUGAGGAGGUAGAGCUGAGAAGAGGGCCUUGGACUCUGGAGGAAGACACUCUUCUCACAAAUUACAUUCUCCAUAACGGUGAAGGCCGUUGGAAUCUCGUCGCCAAAUGUUCUGGGCUAAAGAGAAACGGAAAAAGUUGUAGAUUGAGAUGGUUGAAUUACUUGAAACCUGACAUCAGACGAGGAAAUCUAACUCCACAAGAACAGCUUUUAAUCCUCGAGCUCCACUCUAAAUGGGGGAAUAGGUGGUCCAAGAUUGCACAGUAUUUACCAGGAAGAACGGACAACGAGAUCAAGAACUAUUGGAGAACGAGAGUUCAGAAACAAGCUCGACAGCUCAACAUCGAAUCUAAUAGCGACAAGUUCUUUGACACUGUUCGUAGUUUCUGGCUUCCUAGAUUGAUCGAGAAGAUGGAGCAAAACUCAUCCACGACUUAUUGUUGUCCUCAAAACAAUAACAAUAACUCUCUUCUUCCUCCUUUACAAUCUUACCACUCUAUGAGUUCACAAACAUAUACAGAUUUCUCGGGCCAGAACCCGGGUUUCAGCAACAAGGAUGGUUCUACUUCGAGUUCCAAUUUCAUGCCUGAUCUCAUGACAACUCCACACUUUAUAGAUCCUAACACCAUCAUUGAUCGUUCGAUGUGUUACCAUAAUGAUCAAGAACUCGGCGGAUAUAUUCCUGGGAUGGAGGAACAUUAUUACAUGGGAAAUUCAGACAUAGGAACGGAAUGUUAUGUGGCGGAAGCAUACGAGGAUGUCACACCAGAUCCUAUGUGGAACAUAGAUGACAUUUGGCAGUUUAGGGAGUAAUUAAGUUAGUCAAGAGAUGAGAGUAUGCUUAGGGUGGAGGGGAACCCACCACUAUGGUUUUAUUUUAUAAACUCAACUGCUAUGCUUAUACUUCAGUUUAUGAUGAUCCAAAGUUGUUGGCUAAAUAUAUAUAAUGAUAGUUU